AUGUUUGACGGAGGUGGCAUUCGCCGAGACACAGAGCUUCCCUACCUGAACUGCAUUCAAGAAUUUGUUCCCAAGUCAGAAUGUGUCACCGUCACUAAUCAAACAUGCAUUUGUACGAACGCCGACCUUAAUGUCCAGUUGAAUCUGUGUGUUUCAGCCAAUUGCACCCUGAGGGAAUCACUGAAUGAUACAGCUACGCUCAAUGUAACCGACACCGAAUGCGGUGCUCCAGUGCGUGAUGAGACUUCUAUUAGUAUUUUGGUCCCAGCAGUCGGACUAUGUUAUCUGUUCUUCGUCGCUUUGAGGUUAUAUACACGUCUUGCCAUUACAAAGUUGGAAAUGGGUUGGGAUGACUGGGCAACCAUUCUUCUUGCGUGUUGUGCGGUGCCCGUGAACAGUGGCUCAAUAUUGCUUGGAAAGGCAGGCCUGGGAAAGGAUAUUUGGACUCUCGAAUUCAGUAAAAUUACUCGAAUUCUCUAUCUGUUCUACAUUCAAGAAAUUCUUUACGCCACAUGCGUCUCUCUCGUGAAGAUCGCCUUCCUCCUUUUCUACCUUCGAAUAUUUCCGGAUGAACGAAUGCGCCGCAUCAUCAAGGCAUCCUGCGUUGUGGCCGUUGCUUAUGGUGUAACUUUCAUAUUCGCCUUUGCGUUCCAAUGCUCGCCUGUGAAUUAUAAUUGGAACAUGUGGGAUGGAGAGCAUGAAGGGAAAUGCGUGAAGACGAAUGCUCUAGUAGUCACUGCUGCUGGACUGAAUAUCGUGCUUGAUGCCUGGGUCAUUGCUCUACCUAUACCGAAGGUACUGAAGCUUCAAGCCUCAAUAACUACAAAGCUUCAGGUUGUCUUCAUGUUUUCAGUUGGAUUCUUGAUCACAGGUGUCGGUGUUUACCGAGCCAUCAUGCUCAAGAUCUUUGCUACGAGGGACAUGGCUGCUGGCGGCUAUUGGUCUGUGAUUGAGAUUGAUGUAGGAAUAAUCUGUCUGUGUCUACCAUCUGUACGGUCCUUGCUCAGCCGUCUAUUCCCAAGAGUGUUUGGCUCAACAAAAGAAGCAAGCAGUAUGGGACACGUAAACAGCCAGAAAAAACUCCGAAGUCAUGAUCGGAAUACCAGCUUUGUUCAGUUGAUUGAGAUGGAUAAUAGUACGGGCCAAUUAAAAAGUCACCCUGAUCAUUAA